GAUAGGGACCGCGCGAACACUGGCCCCCACUACCACAAAUCAUGACGUAGGCUCCACCUCUUGGGUAGACCUUAGGCGGACACCCUUCCAAAGUGCAAUGGAAGUCAUCAACCUAGGCCAUGGGCCUUCUUGAUCAUCCAUUGACCCAAUCCAGGGCAAAGAAUGUCGCUUUUGAACGCCUCUACAAGGAUAUUGAGGAGAAAGGCAGUGUUAAUCCACUAUUCCGGCUUGCUAAGGUGCACGAGAGGAAGGCCCGAGAUCUAGACCACGUGAGAUGCGUGAAGGACAGCGAUGGUAGAGUGGCAUCUCGUGUGUACUGCCGGCGCAUUUGCUUGGAAGAGGUGGUUCGGGCUCUCCGCGUGAUGCGUAAUGGGAGAGCUGUGGGACCAGAUGAGAUUCCAGUGGAGUUUUGGAAGCAUGCGGGUCGUGAUGCGUGGGUUUGGUUAACCAAACUCUUCAAUGUUAUCCUCCGGACAGCAUGGAUGCCUGAUGAGUGGAGGGAGAGUCUCUUGGUCCCUCUGUUUAAAGGCAAAGGUGACAUUCAGAGCUGCGAGAAUUACAGAGGCAUCAAACUGCUUAGCCACACCAUGAAGAUCGACUACAGAGGCCAUUCAUCUCGUGAGGAGGUUAAUGGAAGAGUAUAGGGCUAGGAAGAAGGACCUUCAUAUGGUGUUUAUUGACCUUGAGAAGGCGUAUGAUAGGGUGCCAAGGGAGGUCUUAUGGAGGUGCCUUGAGGCGAGAGGAGUUCCCAUCGUGUACACUCGCGCGAUCAAGGAUAUGUACGAUGGGGCUAUGACCAAGGUAAGGACUUC